GCCACAAAAGCACCGCCUCUCAUUCAUGAACACGCUCCUCUAGCUGAUGACAAAGCUACAGGAUGGUGUCCCUGGAGGACUGAGGACAUGUCUCCUUUAGACACUUAAAGUGAGAGUCAUGGCCUGGAUGGAGACGUAUUUCAUUCACACUUCCUGUUAGGAAAACGCUUCUGAGAGGCGUCGCCUGGCAGACCAAGAGAGCGGCACUGAGGCAGUGAUCCCCCCCUCCCCAUGUGUGCUGUCGGAGUUUCUCAAUCUAAAAACGAGCUGUUAACGAGCGCAUGCACACUCGUGCGUGCACAUACUCACACACGGCUUACCGCUCAGGAGAAAAGCAGACACAGAUUCUGCAGCAUUCUGGAGGAUUUCCUGUUAACAGCGAACAUUAGAUGAAAAGGGGAGGAAUGCGUUUUUUUCAAGGAGGCGAGCGGCUCAGAGGCUAAUGUGCCAUUUUGGCAGGUGAUUGGCUGAGCCAGGUGGAGGUGCGGCUGCCUCACCUGGAGACCAGUGCAGUGUUGCCACAUAGUCAUUUGCUGAUAACGUUUUCCAGCUUAGCCAUCAGCUGAUUCUACAUGUAUGUGGAGCAGAGUUUAAACCUGAAGAUGGAGACAUAAAUACGGUUUUGGGCUGAAAUAUUACAUUUAAAGUAAGUUACACUAAACUGCCACACUAAUGAUUACACGUGUACAGCACCAUUAGACCCAGGUUAUCAGCAAAAACAAGUUAAUUGUGGCGUUAAUCGCUCUUUAGGUUCUUACACCUUUUGCCAUCAUCAAAUUCAAGCACUUCAAGGUGAGUUUUAAAGGUUUUCCAGUACCUUGAGGUGGUGCUGAAUUAUGUGAACAGCACAUUUAUCCUUAACAUAUUUAUUUCAUCACUUCAUCUCAUAUAAGUAAAUGUUCGCUCUCAGUUUGAAGCUCUAUUUAAAAUCCAAGCACUUCCAAGAGCCCUUGAAUGUUUCCUUUCUCUGAUUUGUUUAUUUUGCUAAUCUCAGUUUUUGCAGUAUUUGGGGAAGAGGUUAAAAUUUUAUUUUUAAAAUUAUUUUAGAGGUGUAUGUUUUCUACAAAUGUGAUGAUGCAACUAUUUAACCGGCUGGAGUACAUCUGAACUCUUCUCUGUUGUGGUGCGGCGUGACCUUGCUCUCCAGCGGCUGCUCACUGAAGCUGAGAAAAAACAAAAGUUGGACUCUUGUCGUCCAGCCAGGCAGCAGGAUGUGCUGUCAGAGCUUUUGUUUGGGUCUGCAGACCUUUUUAGCCCAGAGACAAAACAAUGUGGACCACCUCACCAGAGGCGAUUAUGGGAUGGGUUGACCCUCAGCAACAAUGCAGCAGCAGUCACCCCCCUUCCCCCUGUCUACCAGUAAUCAGCCUCAGAAUCAGCUAAAACCACUGAUGGGACCUGAACCGCUGCCGGUGGCAGCGCUGAGACUCGUCUGCAUGAAUGUUUUUUGGGAUCCGAGGCAGGAAAACGUGCAGAAACAAACAUGCACGCAGGCAUAUUGUGAUCCAGUUCCUGCUCAGGAUUUUUGUUUUGUUUUUUUCUUACGUUGUGUUGAGGCCUAAAUUUAGCCCAGUUCAACCAGCACAGGCAGGAAAACUAAACUGGGAAAGAAUUGAAGGAAGUCUAGUGGUCACUAAGAUAAACACAACUCUCACACUCUGCUCCGGCUGAACACACACAUUACUGCAUGCGUGUCUCACAGAGACAAAGAGCUUUGGGAGGACUGAAGGGGACACUCAUCCAGGACAUUCCCGUUAGCCGUGAUUAUGAAUGGAUUUGUGCUUUAAUGCAGAUUUUAGGAGAGAAAAGUAUUUCAAAGCCAGAUUAAAGGCCAGACCUCCUUGUUCCCUCAGCUUCUAGGACCUGCUGCUGCCAGGAAAGCCCGCCAGGCCUGCUGAGCUCCGUCUUUGGUGUUAUGGGAUCAUCCACGCUGGGAAAAGCCGCUUCUCUCGAUGCUCUCCUGCAGGAGUGCAUUCAUGCGUUUGACGACAGCGGGGAGCUACAUGCUAACAUGCUUCCUCGAACCUUCCUGCUGAUGCACUGCUGGUACGUCACAUCCUCUGAGCUGGCUGGAAAACUCCUGAUGAUAUAUCGUGACUGUAAAGGAGCUGAGAGGACCAGGCUAAAGAUCUGCUAUCUAAUGAGGUUCUGGAUCAUGACGUUCCCUGCAGAGUUCAACCUGGAUUUGGGUCUGAUCAGGAUCACAGAGGAGUUCCGAGAGGUGGCGGCUCAGCUCGGCUGUGAGGAGCAUUUUAAACUCAUCGACAUCUCCACCAUUCCAUCGUAUGACUGGAUGAGGAAGCUGACCCAGAGGAAGAAACAAGCUAAAAAAGGCAAAGCGUCGCUGCUGUUUGACCACCUAGAGCCCAUGGAGCUGGCUGAGCAUCUCACCUUCCUGGAGUUCAAAUCCAUCCGUAGGAUUUCGUUCAACGAUUACCAAAGCUACGUGGUCCAUGGCUGCCUGGUGGACAACCCUACUCUGGAGCGCUCCAUCGCCCUGUUCAACGGUGUUUCUCAGUGGGUCCAGCUGAUGGUGCUCAGCAAACUCACGCCUCAGACCCGAGCUGAAGUCAUCACCAAAUACAUCCAUGUGGCUCAGAAACUCCUGCAGCUGCAGAACUUCAACACGCUGAUGGCCGUGGUUGGGGGACUGAGCCACUCCUCCAUUUCUAGACUGAAGGAAACUCACGGUUACCUGGCUCCAGAUGUGGUGAAGAUCUGGAAUGAGAUGACAGAGCUGGUCUCUUCCAGCAACAACUACUCCAGCUACCGAAAGGCUUUUAACGAGUGUCGAGGGUUUAAAACCCCCAUUUUGGGCGUGCACCUGAAAGACCUGGUUGCUGUGCACGUGGUCUUUCCUGACUGGAUUGGCGACAGAAACCAGGUGAACCUCGUGAAAAUGCAUCAGCUCUACAUGACCUUCAAUGAGCUGGUGUCUCUGCAGACAGCAGUGGCCCAAGUGGAACCCAACAUGGAUCUCAUCCACCUGCUGACGCUUUCUCUUGACCUUUAUUACACAGAAGAUGAGAUUUAUGAGUUGUCACUGCUGAGGGAACCUCGAAACUCCAAAUCACAGCCAACGUCUCCAACUACCCCUACCAAGCCUUUGGCCCCACUGGACUGGGCCUCCGGGGUCACUACCAAACCAGAUCCUUCUCUGGUCAAAAAGCACAUCCAGAAGGUGGUGGAAUCUGUUUUUAGGAAUUAUGACCACGACCAUGAUGGUUAUAUUUCACAAGAGGACUUUGAGAGCAUCGCGGCUAACUUUCCCUUCUUUGACUCCUUCUGUGUUUUGGACAAAGAUCAAGAUGGAUUAAUCAGUAAGGAUGAGAUGAUAGCGUAUUUCCUGCGGGCCAACCCACUCCUCCAGUGUAAGAUGGGACGAGGCUUCCUCCACAACUUCCAGGAGAUGACCUACCUGAAGCCCACCUUCUGUGAACAUUGUGCUGGAUUUCUCUGGGGCAUCAUCAAACAGGGCUACAAGUGCAAAGACUGUGGAGUUAACUGUCACAAGCAGUGCCGGGAGCUGCUGGUUCUGGCCUGCAGGAAGCUGACUCGCUCAGGUUCUCCGACCAGCGUUUCUCCAGCCAGGUUGACCCACUGCUCUCUGCCCAGCAGCCCCACCCUGCCCACCUGUAAAGAUGAGGACGACGUGUUUGACUUCCCAGCUGUCCCGUCAGCUGGUCCAGCUCUGGACACUCAGUCCAUCACUCUGAUGACUGGAUCAGCCCAGAGGAUCUCCGUUCGUCUGCAGAGGGCCACCAACAGCCAGGCCACGCAGACCGAGCCCCUUUGGCCAGAACUUAGCUGGGGGGUCACAGACAGCGUCUCCCACACCUUCCCUAAAACAAAAUACAGGACUCACAGGAAACUGUCCAGAAAUAAAGGCUUUGCCUGCUGGGAAAACCAGGCUGAUGGAACGCGACAUGCGAUUCCCUCCCGAUACAGCGAGGACUAUCAGAACAGGACAAUCGUCUCUGAGAUGUGUGCAGAGAACAGGCCGGCGAAUGUAAGGAAGGAACCGAAUCGCUGCUCAGUUAGACAAAAAAUACGUUUACCUCACUGAAAGAUGCCCCAGCCCAAAACUAAAGUUACAGGGAAAACGUUUGACUUGUUGUGAAGCUCAGACACAACCUGUGUCAGUGUGUUCAGGGCAGCUGUGGCUACAUGGUAGCUCAUCGCCACCCGUGUGUAAAGGCAUGAAGGAUUCACCAUGUAAAGCGCUUUGACUUGGAAGAGCUGCACAAAUGCUAUAAUAACAGUAUUCACGUUGAGCAAAAAUGUUUUUGUGGCGACACUUAGUGGCCCAGGGUGGUACUGCACCCAGUCACUUCCACUCAUGACCUGAUGAGAACCUCUCUGCUCUUUCUUUCUCUGCAGGACAGCUGACUUGGCCACAGGAUCAAUGGCUGGUACCACCGGACCAGAUGGUCUUUCACCAAAGGAACCAGAAGGCUCUUCUCACUAAAGAAGACUCUGGGAUGCAUGAGGAUCCCCUUCAGUGAGCAGGAGUUAUCUCACCCUCUCUAGAUGAGCCUGGACUCGUACCUGGGAUCAGUCAGGAAGGAGCUCUGUGGAUCCAGAAGAUCUCUACAGAAGGCUGUAGCUCAGACUUGGCGAUGUCCUCGAAUGUACAUCAAGGCAACGUCUCGCUGAGCUGAGACUGUUGGUGGCAAAUUAACAUAAUAUAUCAGAGAAUUUACAAAAUGUCUCGAAUAGUUUGUGAGAGUUCAUGAUUUUCUCUCAUUGGUCAUAAAAAGUGUCUCGUGCUGCUGGAAUCCCAGCGUGCUCUGAAGGUUUUUCACAAUAAGCUUUUUCUAUUUGUCUAAAAGGUCACUGAGUCAUUGCAGGUGUUCAGAACUAUUCUGCAACUUUUCUCAGGUUAGUUUUCAUUAGUAUUGAAACAACGGGACAGUUUCCACUCCUGAGUUUGGCUUAAAAAAUUCAACAUGGUGGCUCCUGUACACGUGACAUCAUGAUUCAUGGAUUCACUUUCCUUCAGAAGCCUGAGUGUCCAUCUUUACUUGUGGUGAAAUUACAAACUUAUUCAGACUUGUGAUCAUUUAUUUGUGGUUUUGUCAGAUGCAGAAGGGAUUUAGAUGCCAAUUGAAGUGAAAAUGUGUGAAUUAUCAUGCAGUUUGUGUUUCCAACAAAUUUGUAAACAGAAACCAAUUUCUGCAUUAAAAAUAAAACAAUGUAGUCAAAGAAUGCUGGAGACUAAACAUGUGUAACUGUAACUGCUGCAAAGAAAGGUAGAAUAAAUCUGAGAUCAGA